CAGGAGUCAUUGCUGUCAAAGUCAAGAUGCUCAAGAUGCUCAAACUCGCUGGCGCGCAGCUCGAGAUUCCCAACAAUCAAGGCUACCGACCUCUUCACGUAGCAAUCCGUCUUGGUCUCGGGUCAAUGGCGGCCCUGCUGCUUCUGGCUGGGGCGGAUGCUGAGGCGAGAGACUCGGACGGCUGGACACCGCUUCACUUGUGUGCGAACGGUAAGGGCGAGCAAGUGCAGAUUGCAGCCUUCCUGCUAGAGCGAGACGCGAAUUUGAAGGCUCGGUUGCCGCCCCCAUUGUCGCUUACGCCGCUGCAACUUGCGAAGAAGUCUGGGAAUGCGACUAUGGUGAAUCUCUACUCUGGAAAGAAGACAGAUAGUGGCCUGGCGAAGUGGUUUGCGAAACGGGGAGUUACAUAAUUAGCCAGACUGGAAGACAUUGCCCCGUCCACGCUGCACCAGGCAUUGUGUUAUCGGCGGCGUUUGGAAGGAUGCCAGGGCGGCCAAAUGCUACUUCGACAUCGUGACAUUGUAGCCCUCCUCAAGAUCGUGUCUGCUCACGGUAGCUACCGUACGCAAGGUCGCAUUUGGCAGCGAGUAAUGAUUAAAC